AUGAGGCCAGGGGAUGCCAACCGGUCGAACUCCGAAGACGACAGGUCCUCAUGUAACUUUGACGAGAACUCUGACAAGCUGAAGGACUCUCUUCAUCUCUCUGACCCUAAGAUCUGCACCCUAACUCCCAACGGUCACCUGGACCUGUCCCCAACGCCCACGGGUCUGUACACGGCCGACAGGCUCACUUUCGCUCUGGGCUCACGCAAAAACAGUGUCAUCUCUCUGGGCAGGGCUAACCUGGAGGGCAGGGCUAACCUGGAGGGCAGGGCUCUG